UCAGCUUUCGACUGGAAUUCAUUAGCUUCGAGGAUUAUAUAUUUUGUUUUUCCGAAAACAAACUUCAUUCACCUUUAAAAGGAUGGACCUAAAUGUUCGCACUCUCCUUAAUCGCGUAGAAAAUUGAAAUGCUUUUUGUUUCUUAAACUGACCCAUAUAAUUGGAAAUUAUAAGCAAACAAUUUUGGUGCACUUGUAUUCACCAAUCAGUAGUUUAAAGCCAUAGUAAAAAGAGAACAUUGUUGCUUUAGAUAAGAUGGAUUCGAAGAUAAUCAUGAGCUAAUUAAAAAUGAUUGCAUAAUUUUUUGUUAUUACAUCCGAGAUUUGCCAAUUUCUCCAAUUCUCCAUUCUCCGUCGUUAAUAAAAAAAUCAAAUGCCGAUAUUUAGUUCAACUUCAUCAUCUUCCUCGUCGUCAUCCUCUUCAAAAUCAUGGAUCCUUCAUGGUCUAGCUGCGGGAGCUGCAAUGGCCGCGGCUCUCGGGGCUCGAGCGUAUCUUGGCCGAUCCGGCAGGUUUCGGAGCCGGGUCAUUGGCAUUAUACCAGCCCGUUUUGCUUCCACUCGCUUCCAGGGUAAACCCCUCGCUCAUAUCUUGGGCAAGCCCAUGAUCCAGAGAACAUGGGAAAGGGCAAAACUUGCUGCUACCUUGGAUCACGUUGUUGUGGCAACAGAUGAUGAAAAGAUAGCUGCGUGCUGUCAAGGUUUUGGUGCUGAAGUAAUAAUGACUUCUGAAUCAUGUAGAAAUGGAACCGAGCGUUGUAAUGAAGCUCUUCAAAAGCUUGGAAAGAAGUAUGACAUUGUCGUAAACAUACAAGGAGAUGAACCACUUAUUGAACCUGAGAUAAUAGAUGGCAUUGUCAAAGCCCUGCAGGCUGCACCAGACGCGGUCUUUAGCACUGCUGUGACGUCUUUGAAACCUGAGGAUGCAUUUGAUCCAAAUCGUGUUAAAUGUGUGGUUGAUAAUCGUGGUUAUGCAAUCUAUUUUUCCCGGGGAUUGAUCCCUUAUAACAAGUCUGGCAAGGUUAAUCCUCAGUUUCCUUACUUGCUGCACCUUGGAAUUCAGAGCUAUGAUUCGAAGUUCCUGAAAAUAUAUCCAGAAUUGGAACCUACUCCAUUGCAACUUGAAGAAGAUCUUGAACAGUUGAAGGUCCUUGAGAAUGGAUACAAGAUGAAGGUGAUAAAAGUUGACCAUGAGACUCAUGGUGUUGACACUCCGGAAGACAUAAACAAGGUAGAGCGGUUCAUGCUGGAGAGGAACUUGUCUUAGAGCAGAGUAAGUUUAUAUUGGAUGACUUUGGUGUUGUAUAAAGCUAUAGAUGUUGAGCUUUCUGGAAGCAAUUCUUAAUUGGAAUUAGUGGACAAUUGAUGUUGCUGAAUUAUACAUGUGAAGAUGAAAGAACAAUCCUGCGAAUAGUUUAUAUUUUGGUGUUUGUGAUGUAUACUGUCUACAACCUUACCGGGGAGUGGGGACUAGUUAUUUCCGUCGAUUUGCAAGUUUAUGUGUUUCUUAUUAUUUCAAUGGGUGAAAUACUGGAAUUUGGGUUA